GGCGUGCGUCUCUUUUAUCUCAUCGCCUUCUCCCCCAACAACCCGAUCAAUAUUUGUUGACCUUUGAAUCAUCGAUUUUUCCCACUUUUUGUGGUAUCUGUUUUGUUUUCGCUAAUGCUAGACGUUCGGUUCUGUUUUUAUCGGCUCGACACGAUAAAAAAGAUUGCGUCUUCGCUUGAUGAAGGAACCCGUAUGCCUUUUUGUAUUUUUUAACUCACGUGUUUGGUGUCGCAGUUUGAGUUCAGUUCACCCUUGAUCGCCACUCUGUCCGGCCGCACGAUGGACAAAGGGCAACCAUCCAUUUGGACUUGGGCAAGGGAUUCAGCCUUAUUGGUCGCAACCAUCGUCUCCAUUUUCGCUGCGUUUAGCAACAGCCUCACUUGGUAUUUGCAGCAACUUUGGGGAGCUUCUGGGGACUUUUGGCAAGCACGAUGGGACCAGUUCCUCGAUUUUUUUGGAGACGAUGAGUCCGUACUUUUUAUUUACGGAACGACGUUAUUGACGAUGGGCCUGUACUGGGGCGUCGGUUCAAUCUACAUUCUGAUGGAUUACUUCAAUUGGCCCAAGUGGAUUCGUAAAUACAAAGUUCAACCUGGUACCAAUGAACCUGUGGAUACGAAGCGUCUCGUUUCUGCUAUCGGUUACGUGUUGUUUAACCAAACGAUCGUUGGCAUCCCAUUCGCCGCCUUUGGUUACUGGAUGAUGUACCAACCUACUAGGUCUAUUCGUGUUCUGCCAACCUUCAGCAGCGUUCUCUUAGAACUGGCCGUUUUCAUCGUCGUCGAAGAGAUUGUUUUUUACUAUUCUCACAGGCUUUUGCAUCAUCGCCGAUUGUACAAACACAUUCAUAAAAAGCAUCAUGAAUGGACUGCACCCAUCGCCGUGACAGCAAUUUACUGCCAUCCGCUGGAGCAUCUACUGUCCAACAUUUUACCUCCUGCCCUGGGCACAAUCAUCAUGAGCUCUCACAUUUCCACGUCGUGGCUGUGGUAUUCCAUGGCUAUCCUGCGUACAUUAAACGAUCAUUCUGGCUACCACUUGCCGUUUUUCCCGUCGCCGGAGGCCCAUGAUUUUCACCACCUCAAGUUCACCGAAUGUUUCGGCUUUCUGGGAAUUCUUGAUUACCUUCACGGUACCGAUCGGAUGUUCCGCUCUUCUCCCGCGUUCAAACGUCACUUCGUGUCAGUGUCAACGCAACCCCUUCGCAAGCAGUUUCCCGACGAAAGUAAAAUUAAACUCAAUUCGCACGACGACUAAAAAAAGGCCAAAAAGAAAAUGCGUUCGUGAAAUCGCUUGGGGCUGUUGUGUACGUUAGAGACAGUAGGAUUUUCCGCUUUCCCCGUCUACGAAUAUUUGAACGCAUUUGAAAGUUGUGAAUUUGUUUUGUUUUUUGGGGGUGGGGUUCUUUACAUGUCACCUAUUAACACUGGGACUAGUCUGUGAUUUCCAUAUUGAUAUAUCCUUUACAUAAAAUUAACCUCGAUGCUCGCAAUACAAAUUUUUUAAUCUGA